CUACCCUUCAAACUUCUGUUGCCCAGCUCCCUUCCGGCAGAAAGACCCAGGGACAAGAGUGUGAAGUCAGGCCUUACAGGAGCAAGAAGAAAGCCGUCCAAAGCCAGCUGGUCUGGCUUUGAGGAAUGCAAGGGAGAUAGAAAGCAAAAGAGAGAAAGAGUGAACGUGAGAGAGGAAGCCAGACAGAAAGAGAGACAGAGAACGAGAGAGAAAAUUCAAGUAAUACCAGGGAAAUUAAGAAAGUAAGAGUGGCACACCUGAGAAAGAUACCUGAGGAAGGCCUUAGCAGCAGGUUCUGUGAAGGUAAUCGAUCAUCGCAAGAAACAGGGCAUUUUACCCGAGGAGGAGAAAGCACCAGGAAGCUCCAAGUAGAGAGAAGCAUUGAAAGCAAAGGAAGAAAGAACGUAAAUAAGACUUGAGCUGGAUAUUUUGGGUCCAGGACCGAAGAUUGCGCUGCUUCGUUUGUUAGGACCGUGGUGUGGACACCUGAAGAAAAAGACGCAGAAAGAAAGAGAGUGAGAGACAAAGACUCGAGAAGAAAGAGUGAAGUACAAUGUGCUAGGGGAGUGAAGGCAGACAAACUCUCGUGUUUUUCUGAUAUUCUCGGGGUGUCAGAGAGACCAAGCAGGACGCCAAGAUGGGACGGAAGAAGAUACAGAUCACACGGAUCAUGGAUGAGAGGAACCGGCAGGUUACCUUCACAAAACGGAAGUUUGGUUUGAUGAAGAAAGCUUACGAGCUCAGCGUGUUGUGUGACUGUGAGAUUGCCCUGAUCAUAUUCAACAGCUCGAACAAACUCUUUCAGUAUGCCAGCACUGACAUGGACAAAGUCCUACUUAAGUACACAGAAUACAACGAACCCCACGAGAGCAGAACCAACUCUGACAUUGUAGAGAAAUUAAGAAACAAAGGCCAUAAUGACCAGUGUGCCAGUCCUGACCCAGAUGACUGUUUCGGUCACAGUCCCCUCAUGGACGACCGUUUCGGCAAACUAAACGAAGAGAGUGAUUUAAUGUACAAGCGCUGUGGUCCGACGGCCUUGCCCCCGCAGAACUUCUCCAUGCAUGUGGCUGUGCCAGUGACGAACCCCAACACCAUGUCCUACAACCCCGGGGCCUCUCUGAGCAGCCAGAGCCUGUUGGCCGCCGCUGCCUCUCUGAGUGACGGUGCCAUGCUGUCUCCUCCUCAGGGUUCCCUGCACAGAAACGUAGUGUCUGCCGGGCCCCCACAGAGGGCCCCCAGCACAGGCAGCGCAGCAGGAAACGGCUAUGUUAACCCAAGGGGCUCACCGGGGCUUCUGGGUACACCCAGCGGGAACGGGCUUGGUAAAGUCAUGCCUGCGAAGUCACCGCCGCCACCGGGGGGCAACAUGGGCAUGGGUAGCCGCAAGCCAGACUUGAGAGUCGUCAUCCCCCCAUCCAGCAAGGGCAUGAUGCCACCCCUGCAGUCGGAGGAGGAAGAGAUGGAGCUGAACACCCAGAGGAUAAGCAGUUCCCAGUCGACCCAGCCUCUGGCCACACCGGUGGUCUCUGUCACCACCCCGAGUCUGCCACCACAAGGCCUGGUCUACUCAGGCAUGCCCACUGCCUACAACUCUGAAUACUCCCUGAGCAGUGCUGAGCUCUCCUCUCUGCAAGGCUUUGGCUCUCCAGGGCUCUCUAUAGGCUCAAUGUCGGCAUGGCAACAGCAUCAACUGGGCCAGGCAGCUCUCAGCUCGCUGGUAGGUGGCGGUCACUUACCUCAGGGCUCAAAUCUCUCCAUCAACACCAGCCAUAAUAUCAACAUUAAAUCCGAGCCCAUCUCUCCUCCACGCGAGCGCAUCACCCCGUCCGGCUUCCCACCCCAGCAGCAGCAGCAGCAGCAGCAGCAGCAGCAGCAGCAGCCUCUCUCCGGCCGUCACGACAUGGGCCGCUCGCCUGCCGACAGCCUCAGCUCCUCCUGCUCCUCCUAUGACGGAAGCGACCGAGAGGAUCACCGGCCUGAUUUCCACUCCCCACUCGGCCUGGGUCGACCCCCUGCCGCCGGGGCUGGAGAGAGGGAGAGCCCCACUGUCAAGCGCAUGCGCAUGGACACCUGGGUGACAUAAAGCUGUCCCGAGCCUGACAGCCAGUCAGUCACACGCAGGGCUGGGCAGGGGGAAAGGGAGAGAGGAGUGACAGCAGGGAGGGUCAUUAUUGUUAUUAUUCUAUUGUUAUAAUUUAACGUCAUUUCACUUUUUUUGUAAGUAGGUAGAUGGGGAAAGAAAUCGAAAAUGUCCUGACAUAUCGAAAUUAAGCAGAUGAGUGGAGAGAGAGAGAAUCUCAAGUCAAGCAGUCAGAAUGAACGGUGUACUCAAACAGGUGUUAUCAGGUACUUGAUGCAAAUUGCAUUGCGCGAGAGUCCAAUGUAUGAAGAAAACAUUUUCGAUUAUUGUCGUCACUGGUGCAGUUUGACACUCGUAGCUGUUUUCGCUGUUGAUUUUGCAAACAAUCAAAGAAAGUUUAGGGGCGGCUUUCUGUCCGAAGGCUUCUGCCUGCUGGGCUCAUGUAUUAAACAAUCUGUAUCUUCACUCGCCCUUAUAUGAAGUAUGUCACUUAUUAAUUUAAUUAAAGGUAUUUGAUGAUAGAUUUGGAUCAGUUUUACGGGGGAAGGCUUGUAUCUAAAAUGAGAUCACAUUUCACCUCAGUUAAGACAUUAAGUGAAAGAAAUGAAAAUGUCUCUAAAUUAAUAUCAAUAUGAAUUUUCAAUCCCUUUUAACAGCGUUUUUAACAAAUGGGAAAAGAACAGGUAGCCCAGUCGAUUUAAAGACGAUAGCAAGUCAUUGUACAUUCAUGCAGCUCCAACAACUCAAUGGUAAUGCAAGCCAAAGCCUCUAUGUAAUUUUCUCGUACUGUAGGUUGGGAAUUUUCAGCAUUUCUCUCUCGAUGUUUGUUUCAUAUUAGUUCUGUCAUAGUGUGCGUUGUUACAAACAUUGGAAAACGAAUAACAUGCAAAGCAGAUCUUGAAACGAUAUCUAAAGCCAUGAACACUUGCUGUUCUGUUUGUAAAUUAAAGAUUUGAGCCAAACCUUUUUUUCUUUUGUUAUGUACAUAGCAACUUUAAUAUAUAUAACUUUUGGUGUAAGUACGUAUGUAUUGUACCUUCACCGGAUUCAAGAAAAAAGUAUAUUUUUGUGGAUUACUGCCAAGUUUACAAGGCGAGAUCCUUAUUAAGUAGAGUAUUCACUGGUUAAUAUUUACUAUUUUGUUAACUAUACUGUACUUUCUUCAAGUCUGACUAUUAUUGGUAAUAUUCAAAGUGUUUUUUUUUCCCCCAAUAAGGUCGUUUUUGGGU